AUGUUUGGGGAGGUAUAAACUCGACUAAACAUUCUAGCUGACAAUGAAGGUCAAUUGGGAUUGGGCAAGAACCGAGGGUCCUCCCAAUACUAUCACAUUCCUAAGAUUUGCCAUUACAAAAUUGGGUUUAUCUAAGUUUCUUGUGGCAAGGAUCACACGGCCCUUCUGACUUAGAAUGGCCAUGUGUAUACAAUGGGUUGCAAUGAACAUAACAAAUUGGGCCAUGCCAAUAAACAGUCUCUUUAUGCUCCCCAAAGAAUAGAGCAACUAAACAAAGUUAUACAAGUUUCUUGUGGUUCCACUCACACUGCAUGUGUCACGUCUGACGGAUCCCUCUUCACUUGGGGGGACAAUUCUUGUGGCCAAUUAGGAGUCAAGUAGAAUGGGAAUUUGAACAGAGUGAGUACUCUAACAAAUUGCAUUCAGGUAUCAUGUGGCAAUAAACACACAUUGGUGUUGACAGAUGCUUAGGAGUGUUUUGGAUUUGGAUUGAAUGAUGAUUCUCAAUUGGGAAUUUCCAGAUUGAAAACUGUAUUUGAACCAACCAAAAUUAAAUUGCCUUCCUUAUAACAAGUCAGUGCAGGCAAUCUAUUUUCUGUGUUCCUGACUCAAGAUGGAAUUGUAUACAUUUGUGGAUUGGGUUUUGGAAACUUAUAAAAAUUAAACUAUAAAUGUAAGAAGAUCUACUGA